AUGACAAUGUCCCAACAAACAACAUCAAAUUUUACAAAUGAUUAUUUAUUAGAUUCAGAGGAUAUCAUGACGGUAAAACCAAAUUCCGAGAAAAUUAGAGAAUUUCUAAAGGAUGAUACAUUAAGAGAAAUCAUAUAUAAUAUUGAUAACGCAGCAAGAGGUCCAGAGGUUGAUGAGGUAUUGGAUGCUACGAGACGUAACGAUGAAGUGUUCUUUAAUUUUACCGAAGAGAUUUUGAAUCUUGUCCUACCUCAAGAUUCCGAUUCCUAA